GAGCUCGCUGCGUCGUUUCAUAUCAGUAGGGUGCGCAGACGCUGCUAAACGUGCGCACGGCCCGCGCCACACGACCCCCGUACAGUGUCAACAAAACAAAAUGUGUAGUGAAAAGUGCCACUGGAAAAUAUUAUUACUUUUUAUAGGUAUUUUUCAUAGCACGCAAGCGGCUUGGUUACGCUGUUACAAGGGAACGCUUGAUAACUUCGAAGUGGUUCCAUUGACUAAACCCCAACUCCUGGUUAAUUCAACAUGCAUCAACCAUGCCCACCCGACCAUCGUGUUCACAUUCGGCUACAGAGGCAAGGUGGGGGGACCGGCUACUACCGCCGUCCUCUCGGCCUACUUAGCCACCAAAAAGAGGAACGUGAUUCUCCUUGAUUGGGAGAAGGAAGCUGACGUCGGAAUUCUUGGUCUGCCAAUGACUUACGUAUUUUCGGCAGUUCCUAAUGCAAAAAUUGUUGGUGACGAUUUGGGAGAAGCUCUUACAAUGUUGGCCCGAGCUGGGAUGAAUACGACACGACUACAUCUCCUAGGACAUUCCUUGGGUGCCCACGUGAUGGGGUACGCUGGCAGGCGGGCCAGAGAAAACGGCCACGUUGUCGCAAGAAUCACAGGUUUAGAUCCAGCACGGGCUCUGUUCGAGGGCUCGCUGGGCGUGCGCGCCGGGCUGGACCGCAAGUGCGCGCGCUUCGUGGACAUCAUCCACAGCGACCCCGGCGGCUACGGCACCACCACCUCCGCCGGCACCGUCGACUUCUGGCCCAACUACGCGGGCAGCGGCGGCACGCAGCCCGGCUGCCCCAAUGGGGACUUUGACAUGUUCAACCCGGAAGACCUGUGCAGUCACGACCGCUCCUGGCGGCUGUUCGUGGAGUCGAUACAAUCGCCCACGGCCUUCCCGAGCGCGUUCGCGCCGGAUUACGACACCUGGGCAAGGCACCACGCUCGCUCCGCUCACACCAUUUACAUGGGAGACUUGGUCAACACGCGUGCCUCGGGCGACUAUUUCCUAACCACAGGGCCAACAUCGCCCUACAGCAUGGGGCCUCAGGGCCUCAUUCCCGACGACAACCAGACGAGGAGACGACGGAGCUCGACCCUCACCCGCCUGCUCAAGUACCUCAGGUGAUACGUCGCCAACACAGUGCAGACAACUCGAAGGACUGCCUAUUAUUAUAUGACUAGAUUACUUUAUACGUGAUAGUAAGCCCGUUUUCUAGUGCUAGUGAUGUACCAGUGUCCCCACGGUUAACUGACAAUUUGUAAACCUUAGUGCAACAAAAACGCAGGUGUAUACAGAUCCGGAUCCUGAAUCGGAUUAUAUUAGCCAAUUCAUCAAAAUACAGUGAGUAUUGAGGUCGCACAGACUGGCUGAUAAUAAAGUAUUGAUAAUAGAGUGUAUGUGAACUGUUCAUAAGGGUAUCAUCAUAGGUGUUAAAAGCUUGCAGUGCCGAUGUCAAGUUAAUAAUUCCGAUUUAGGCAGAUUUAGGCCUAGGUG